ACAGGGGGAAUGAGUAACGGUGGUGUGUUCCAGACGGCGUGUUUCCGGGAGGAGCGGGACGUCCUGGUGAAAGGAGACAGCCAGUGGAUCACCACCCUGCACUACGCCUUCCAGGACGACAACUACCUGUACCUGGUGAUGGACUACUACGUGGGGGGGGACCUGCUGACCCUGCUCAGUAAGUUUGAGGACCGUCUCCCUGAGGACAUGUCCCGCUUCUACGUGGCUGAGAUGGUCCUCGCCAUCCACUCCAUCCACCAGCAGAACUACAUCCACAGGUACUCUGUUACCAUGGCUACACGCCGGGGGGUGUCUGUGU